AUGCCCCGCCGUGGUAGAGCAUCUCCAUCUCCUACAAGAUCAACGCUUCCGGCUAGGACUCCACCUGCAGCACCAGCGCCCCUACAUGCGGCUCCCAAUGUACCAGCUCCUGCUCCAUCCCAAGGUCCAGGUCUCUUUGGACAAAUGGCAGCUACUGCUGGUGGAGUUGCAGUUGGCUCAGCAAUAGGACACACAGUUGGACAUGCAGUUACUGGGAUGUUUAGUGGAGGAUCCUCGGAUGCUCCGGCUCAGCAAGCACCACCCGCUUCUGCCUCUCAACAACAAUAUGCAGGAGAUAGAACUGCAGAACAAUCUGGACCAUGUGCUUGGGAAAUUAAACAAUUUUUACAGUGUGCUAAUACACAGUCGGACCUGACAUUAUGCCAGGGUUUCAAUGAAGCUAUCCAACAGUGCAAAAUCAGAUAUAGUAGGGGCAUGCUCGGCAGUCGUCUGGUCGGCCAGGAGCCGUUAGUCUUCCAGUAG